UCACCCAUCACACACACACACACACGCGUUUGGCCUGAAGCCCUGAACCCACUUUCUCCUCCUUCCUUCGUCCGUUCGCCGGCCGCCGCCGCCAGCCAUUACGUCACGAGUCACGCCGCCGUUGUGCCCCUGGUUCGAUCGCAGCGCAGCCUCUCUCUCAGGAUGAAGAUGUCAUUGCUUCGGCCUCUCGUGACGAGGCGAGGAUUCAGCACAAGCUCUGAGAAAUUGGUCGCUUCUGUGCUCUUUGAGAGAUUGCCCGUCGUCAUUCCCAAAAUUGACCCUGUUGUUUAUGCAUUUCAAGAAUUCUCGUUUCGAUGGCGACAGCAAUAUCAACGUAGAUAUCCUGAUGAGUUUCUCGACAAGUCUGAUGCAAGGGGAAAAGGAGAUUAUCAGAUUGACUAUGUGCCUGCACCUCGAGUCACUGAAGCUGACAAAACCAAUGAUCGAAAGUCAUUAAAUAGAGCUCUUGACAGAAGACUCUACCUUCUUCUCUUUGGUAAUGGAUAUGGGGCUCCAAGCGGAAAGCCUGUAUGGCAUUUUCCAGAGAAAGUUUAUGAAUCUGAGGACACUAUGCGUAAGUGUGCAGAGUCUGCGUUAAAAUCAGUCUUAGGAGAUCUUUCUAACACAUAUUUUGUUGGAAAUGCUCCAAUGGCCCAUAUGGUUGUUCAGCCUAAAGAAGACCUUUCAGGCUCCACAUCUUUUAAGAAUUUCUUCUUCAAGUCACAAGUAAUUGCUAAAAACCAGUUUGACAUCGGAAAAUGUGAGGAUUUUGUUUGGGUGACUAAGGAUGAGUUGUUGGAGUAUUUUCCUGAGCAAGCUGAGUUUUUUAACAAGAUGAUCAUUAGCUGAUAGCAGUGGAGGACAGUUGUUUGAUUCAAGUUAUUGCAACUUAGUUCUUUUAGUAUCUGUGGAGAUGACCUUGAAAGAAGAUCAACAACAUGACAGUUUUUUUGGCUCAACAAAAAGGUUUGGAUUCAAAGUUAAAUAGGGCAUCUCAAAUUUUGGAGACUUGUGUAAUGAUUCAAUGGAUGCUUGAAGCAUGUUGUUCAAAAUCUUAUUAUUUCUACUUGUCAUCCCUAUUUUCGCGUUAGUUGUACUGUAAUAAAAUUAAUUGCCAACUUGCCAUUGUGACCUUGAGACUUGAGAACAGGCCAAUAUUGUAGUUGUAGAUAGUCUCAGGAUAUCUUUGUUCACCAACUAGUCUUGUUUUGGAGUCCAAAAUAACACUUUUCUUAUGUCGAUCAAAUAUAUAAAAAAUCAUGUCCAUCAAUCGUUUACUAUUGGUCAAA